AUGGGAGUGAUCAAGAGCGGGGAUAGGGAGGUAAUCCCGCUGCCCCCGCCUGUUCUUCGCCCAGCCGCACUCCUUUCCCAUUCCCUUUGUUUCACGCCGUCCCAAUUCCCUGCUACCGUUACAGAGCAUGGAAGUGAUCAGGUGCGGGGACAGGGAGCUCGUCCCUCUCUCCCCCCCCCCGAGCAUGGGUGCGAGGACAGGAAGCUCAUCCCUCUGCCCCCACCUUUCCACUUCUUAGCCUUCUCUCGUUUCCCCCUCCCCUCUGUACUUUCACCCCAUCCCAACCCCAACCAGACCAUGGCAGUGAUCAGGUGCGACGACAGGGAGCUCAUCCCCCUACCCCCGCCCGACCCGCUGCGCAACUACACGCCCGGGGCGGACAGGGGGGGCGUGGACCGCAGCGACUUGAAGCCAAUCAAAAUAGAGCAGCCAGAGGGGCCGAGCUUCCGAGUGAAUGGCUACGCCGUGGAGUGGCAGAAGUGGAGCUUCCGAGUAGGGUUCACGCCUAAAGAAGGCCUGGUGCUGCACUCACUGGCGUACGACGACGGCAGCAGCGGCAGGAGGGGCGUUGCGCACCGGCUGAGCUUCUGCGAGAUGGUGGUGCCGUAUGGCGACCCCCACGAGCCCCACUACCGCAAAAACGCCUUCGACGCCGGCGAGGACGGGCUGGGGAAGAACGCGCACUCGCUCAAGAAGGGAUGCAACUGUCUGGGCUUGAUCCGCUACUUUGACGCGCACAUGAGCAACUUCCUGGGCGGGGUGGAGACGAUAGAGAACGCCGUGUGCAUGCAUGAGGAGGACUUUGGCAUCCUCUGGAAGCACGUCGACUGGCGCUCGGGCCACACGGAAGUGAGGCGGUCCAGACGGCUCGUGCUCUCGUUUGUGUGCACGAUUGGCAACUACGACUAUGGAUUCUUCUGGUAUCUCUACCAGAUCACUGUCGUGAUCUACAAAUGCAGCUUCUUCUGGCGCCAGGUGUGCAUAGUCCCAUCCAUCCCCUUCAACCUUCCACCCCCCCCCACUAUCCCUUCUACUCGGAUACCCCCCUUCCUCCUCGGCCUGUUCCCCCUGAUCUCCGAAAUUCCCCUCGUAUUUCUUCCCUUACCUGCUUCUUCCACACUGCAGGAUGGAAAGAUAGAAGCGCAAGUGAAGCUGACGGGCAUCCUAUCGGUGGGAGCGGUGAGGGAGGGCGAGGAGCGCAAGUACGGCACGCUGCUGGCGCCGGGGCUGUACGCUCCCAUCCACCAGCACUUCUUUGUGGCUCGCAUGGACAUGGCUGUUGACUGCCGCCCGGGGGAGACGGCUAAUCAGGUGGUGGAGGUGAAUGUGAGGGCUGAGACGGACGGUCCCCACAACCCCCAUGCGAAUGCCUUCUAUGCAGAGGAGCGGGUGCUUCAGACAGAGGGCGAAGGGAUGAGAGACGUGAAUCCUUUGUCUGCUAGGCACUGGCUGAUACGAAACCCUCGGGCAGUCAACAGGGCAGGUCGUCCCACGGCCUACAAGCUCGUGCCGGGGUCCAACUGCCUGCCCUUCUCGCAGCCCGAGGCGAAAUUUCUCCGCCGGGCAGCUUUCCUGAAGCACAACCUGUGGGUCACGCCGUACCACCCGGAGGAACGGUUUCCGGGCGGCGAGUUCCCGAACCAGAACCCCAGGGUCGGCGAUGGGCUGCCUUUGUGGGUGCAGCAGAACAGAUCCAUUGACAAUGCUGACGUGGUGCUUUGGUACGUGUUUGGACUCACACAUGCGCCGAGGCUGGAGGAUUGGCCUGUCAUGCCAUGCGAGAACAUCGGCUUCAGCCUCCUGCCACAUGGAUUUUUCAAUGUAUCACCUGCGACGCGCCUUGGCUUGCCAGCCAUGUUGGAUGAGAUCGUGAACCUGGUCAUCCGGCCUCCUCGUGCGGAGUAUUCGGUACAGACAGACCUCGUGGGGCCGCUCUUUGCUCUCAGAGGAAGGCAGUACCGCCGCCACGACCUUCAGCUUGUAAAUAGCCGAGGCCACGUACUAGAAUGCAGUCACUACAUGCCGGCCCACAUCCCGCCCAAUCAGAAGCUGCCAUGUGUCAUCUAUUGCCAUGGGAACAGUGGCUGCCGGGCCGACGCCAGUGAAGCAGUGUUUGUGCUGCUGCCAUCCAACAUCACAGUCUUUGCUCUCGACUUCUCGGGAUCGGGCAUGUCGCAAGGGGACUAUGUCACUCUGGGGAGAUUCGAGAUGGAGGAUCUUACUACAGUGGUGGAUCAUCUAAGAGCUGAAGGCAGUGUGUCGCUGAUAGGCCUGUGGGGGCGAUCGAUGGGGGCUGUAACCUCGCUCAUGUACGCUGCAAAGGAUCUGUCUAUAGCGGGGAUGGUGCUGGACAGCCCGUUUUCCAACCUGCCCAACCUCAUUCUGGAGCUCGUGGACACCUUCAAGAUCAAGCUCCCCAAAUUCACGGUGAAGAUGCUCGUUUACUACCUGAGGAAUCUGAUCAAGAAGAAGAUACCUGAUUUUGACAUCAACGAUCUAGAUGCCGUGGGAGUGGCACGAAGCAGUUUCAUCCCGGUGUUGUUUGGGCAUGCUUCGGGGGACACCUUCAUUCUGCCGCACCACUCACAGCAAAUACAUGAGGCCUACGCGGGUGACAAGAAUCUGAUCACCUUUGCGGGGGACCACAACUCCCACCGCCCCAACUUCUUCUACGACUCGGCCGCCAUCUUCCUGCACAACUGCAACUUGGCGCGCUUCAUGGCACAGUUUGCCUUCCCACUCACACACAGCCCUACCCUUCGGUUCCUCUGCCUCUCUGCCUCCCCCUCUGCCUCUCUGCCUCCCCCUCUGCCUCUCUGCCUCCCCCUCUGCCUCUCUGCCUCCCCCUCUGCCUCUCUGCCUCCCCCUCUGCCUCUCUGCCUCCCCCUCUGCCUCUCUGCCUCCCCCUCUGCCUCUCUGCCUCCCCCUCUGCCUCUCUGCCUCCCCCUCUGCCUCUCUGCCUCCCCCUCUGCCUCUCUGCCUCCCCCUCUGCCUCUCUGCCUCCCCCUCUGCCUCUCUGCCUCCCCCUCUGCCUCUCUGCCUCCCCCUCUGCCUCUCUGCCUCCCCCUCUGCCUCUCUGCCUCCCCCUCUGCCUCUCUGCCUCCCCCUCUGCCUCUCUGCCUCCCCCUCUGCCUCUCUGCCUCCCCCUCUGCCUCUCUGCCUCCCCCUCUGCCUCUCUGCCUCCCCCUCUGCCUCUCUGCCUCCCCCUCUGCCUCUCUGCCUCCCCCUCUGCCUCUCUGCCUCCCCCUCUGCCUCUCUGCCUCCCCCUCUGCCUCUCUGCCUCCCCCUCUGCCUCUCUGUCUCCCCUCCUGUGUGCAGCCUGCUGGGGAUCUACUCAGCAGUGAGGAGUUGGCUCACUUCAUGGCACAGGUUGCUGCCUCCGUGCCGCCUGGAGAAGAGGUGAGAGGCAGCUUGCUCCUGGACUUGAAGAUGACUAUGAUGAGGAUGAGAUGCUUCAACAAGCCAUUGCCCUGUCCUUGCUCGAUAUUCAAGAUCAAGAAGGGGGAUCCAGUGCUCAUGCAACAAACUUUAGUAGAUGAUGACCAUUAUUGUGCCUGCAUGGUGGGCGGGCCGGUGGUGAACAUAUACCCGUUAGAGAACUACUCGUUUGGCGUGAAGGAGCCCAAGAUCGAAAAGGACACGUCCGUGGCGGACCGACUGGCGCGGAUGAAACACAACUAUCAGAAGGAGGGCAUGAGAACGAGCGUGGAGGGAAUUAUAUUAGUCCACCAUCACAACCACCCGCACAUCCUGCUGCUGCAGAUCGGAAACUCUUUCUUCAAGCUGCCCGGAGGGAGAUUGAAGCCGGGGGAAGAUGAGGUAGAGGGGCUGAAGCGAAAGCUCACCAGCAAGUUGGGCCCGUCGGUGUCCAUACUCCCCGUUCCUGACUGGCAGGUGGGCGAGUGCUCUGCGGUGUGGUGGAGACCCAACUUUGAGACCCUCAUGUAUCCCUACUGCCCGCCGCACAUCACAAAACCCAAGGCCCUCAUGUAUCCCUACUCCCCGCCGCACAUCACAAAACCCAAGGUGGGUGGUUGA